AUAUAUAUAUAUACAGUUACUAAAUAACCUAGACAAAAUUCAACAAUUUUUGCGAAAGGACAAAUAAAAAAGUAAAUCAAAUAAUAUUCUAUUGCUGUGACAGUGGUACAUAUCCAUAAUAAAAAUAAAAUUUCAUUACGUUAUGUUUUGAAAGCAUAGUUAUAUAUGUUAAAAUAGCUCAUCUCUAUCCUAAUUGAUGGUUAUUUGACAUAACACAAGUCUACACGUUUGUUAUUAAGUUAACCUGUUCAUUAUUUAUUUUGGUCAGAAUGGAUGGAACAUCCUUUAUUUUUAUUUCGGUUGUUUAAAGAACAGUUUUUUUUUUGUAGUUUCUAAAGUGAUAUUUUAUUAAUAUGUAACAUAAUGCUAUGAGUAUAUACACAGAUGUAGAUAACAUACUAAAAAUACUAUCAACAAAAUUCCAUAAGAUAUUUUGUGACAGAGAAUUCGUUUGUAGUGUUCAAGAAGAUUUUCAGGUUAUCUUGAAAAAUAGGAAUAAAUGCUGUGUUGUUGUAUUUCCCGUGUUGUGUCCGAACUAUUUGAAAGCAGUCCAGUACCAAGCAAAAAUUUUCGACCUUGAAGUUUUUACAUUAGGAAGUGGACAAAUCUGUUCUUUGGCAGUAUGUGACAAAAAGUUCUUACUAAAAAAAACUGAGGAUAGUGACAAACAAAUAAUGUCAAGUAUUGAACAAGAGUGUGGAGCUGGUAUCACUUCAAAGAAAAAGCGUCCUGAAAGGCAACUUUAUAUACCUCCAGCUCAAAGGAGAUUACCUGUAUCUGAGUUACCUAUAAAUAACACAUUAUGUAGUUCAAAAGGAAAAAAUCUAACUUCUACUUUGAGUAAACGAAAAGAACUACAAAAAAAAGAAAAUAUUGCAUAUGAAUAUACAAAAGUUGAACCAGAAUAUUCUACAUCAGUUAAUGAAAUCUUUAAUAUCAAUACUAUUAAUGCAAUGAAUAACUUGAAAUAUUUUUCAUAUAUGUGGUGGAAGUAUGAAUUAUUUGAAUGUACUAAUCUAAAUAUCUUUAAAUAUGUGUCUACUAAGUCAUUUUUCAAUAAAAAAAUAAGGUGCAAUCUGAAUCCUGAUGUUAGGAAGAUUUUUAAUUUAGAAAAUAAGACUACACUCUAUAUUUUAAGAAACGAUUAUUUUCUUUGGCAACCAAAAGUUGAUGUGUUCAUGAAUUGCAAGGAAUCCAAUUUGAAAGUCGUACCUCUCACCAACCUUGAUAACUCAAAUGUAAAGAGGAUAGAUGUCUGUGACAAGAUACCAUUGGCUGAUAAUGUUUUCCGGAGCAAAACGUAUUCAGAUGUUUUAGAAGAAUUUAAUCUUAUUUGUGAUGUUGAUGUGUUCUGGUUACAAAAUCGAGUGGACCCAAGCAAUUUGUUGGACAUUUGUUUCAGCGAUAUUUAUUACUAUGAAGAUUACUAUUAUGAAAAAUUGGAAAACAUUGGAGAUUUUAUCAGUAAAAUACUAUAUAAUGAAGAUAACUGCGAUGAAAGACAAAGUAAAACACAUGUAGAAACACAAGAAAUCAAAAUUCCUGAUGAUAUUGAGGAAACAGAAAUUGAUAAUACACCCAUUGACAAUAAAAAUGAAUUAUCACUUGAACAGAAUAAAAAAAAAGUGAAUACGUCCAAAUCGAACUUAAAUAAUUUGAAAAAUACUAUUAACUUAACCGAAAAUGCUAAAUUAAAGAAUGACUUGGAAGAAGAAAAAGAAAUUAUGAGAAAAACUAAAGAAAAUAUUAAUAGGAAAACAAGACCAAUUAUGAAAUAUGUUGAUGAUUCCAACCAUACUUUGAAGAUUGAAAGUAAUGAUGUAAAUAAUUGGGAAGAUUUAUUUGAUGAGGAUGGUCAGUUACAAGAAGAUCUAUUAAAAGAGAUUGUCACUAAAGUAGGUGAGGAUGUAACAAUAGUAAAAGCUAAAGAAGAUUACUCAGAUUACUUCUCAAAACAUGUAAAUAUUGAAGAACUGGAGCAUAUGGUAGAGUUAUAUGACUUCCCAGCGUCUUUGGGAACCCAUGAUUUAAUUCAUGCGUUUAGUGAGAUUAAAAGUGAUGCUAUGUAUAUUAAAUGGGUAGAUGAUACACAUGCCAUUCUUGUUCUUGGAUCUUCUUCACAAGCACAAAAAGCCAUAAACGUUAAAAAUCCUCUGAUUAAAGUGCGUCCAAUGCCCGCAGCCAGUAAAACAGCACUUUCAAUUGCUUAUAGAAAUGAGCUAAAACCAGCCAUGAAACGACCCCCAACAAAUUUGCAAACCGCCAGGAGGCUGAUAACAACCCAUCUUGGAACUAAGAGUGGUAUUAGUAAAGAAUUAAGUGCCAAAGAGCGCGAUGAUUUAAAGGCUGCCAGAGAAAUGAAAAGACUAGUCAAGAAAAAUGAACAAGAUGCUUGGGAUGGAAAUCUUCGUUCAUCUAUGGAUUGAAAAAGUACCUUUUUUUUAAAUUGUGCCUUAUUGACUGUUUAAUUAUGAAAAACUUGCUUUGCAAUGUAUUGAUAUUUUAAAUAUUUAUUUUUUACCAUAUGUAUAUUAUAGUCUUUUUAGUAUAAAUAUAUUUUUACCAAUGUACAUAUAAA